GAAUAUCGAUAUGAUAUUUUGAUAUUUAUCAACAACCCUAGUUUUUAGCACCCCCUUGCUUCCUCAUUCGUUUCGGCGUCGCGGCCAGAUAAGCGCGUUGUUUAUUUCCGUUUAGUUUUAAGUUAGCGCGUUUUUAGCCACCGCCGGUGUCGCCCAAAUAAUGCUAGACACAGCCUAGAGCAACGGCACAACAUCCACUACAAAAAACCGCCACACGAGCAGCCGCACAGUUAACGGAGUCGGAGAAAUGGGUCGCAGCCGGAGUCCCGCCUCGCCGGCGCACAGGAGACGCGAGAAGGAGCGAUCAGAGCGAAAGAAGCGCAGGGAGCGCCGCUCCCGGGAGAGAGAAGCUAUCGGAGGAGCCGGACCUGGAGGCGCCGGCGGCAGCGGGAGCAGCAGUCGUCGCGACCGAGAGCGCGAGCGCGACAGGAGUCGCAGCCGCGACCGGGAGCGGGAACGCGAUCGUGCGCGGGGCCGGCGAUCUAGAUCACGCUCGAGGGGCACCGGAGGCGGCGGCGGCGGCGGAAGCAGCGGCGGCAACAGCAGCUCCGGACCAUCGACGUCGCGGCGAACGACAAGGAACAAUGCGGCAGCUGCCGAUCGUCCCAAGAUCAACGAGGCCGAUCUGGAGGGUAAAUCGCCGGAAGAGGUCGAGAUGCUCAAGACAAUGGGAUUCUGCACGUUCGACACCACCAAAAACAGGAAGGUCGAGGGCAACGAUGUCGGAGAAGUGCAUGUAAUCCUAAAGCGAAAGUACCGCCAGUACAUGAAUCGCAAGGGUGGCUUCAACCGGCCGCUCGACUUCGUGGCCUAGCAGUCCUUGGAGCAGCUUGCAUCCGCAUUCUUGCAUCCGUAUCCCUCUGACCAACUAGUUUGCUACGCUUUUUUUACUUGUCCGCGCCCAUACGGGCGACGGCGGACGAAGAGACCUGCAAUUUUAUGCAAUAGACCGGUUUACGAAAUUCUCUCAAAAUUUCCACUCAUCAAGCCUCACCACACACUCAUCAUACCUCAAUUAGUUAUUUAGUAGUUUAAGCCUGAAGUGCGCCUUUGUUAUAAAAUUAUCCCAGGUUAAUUUUACAACAAAAAGCCAUCUCUGAAGCUGAAAGCAAACCAAAUCCGGCUAGGAUUUGUGCAGAGAAUCUGCUUUCAGCUGCAGUUGACGGACGCAUGACGAUUGCUUUUUGAAUAUUUCAAAGUAAUUAACACAAUUGUUUUUGUUGACAUCUCGCCAUUUUGUACGAAUACGAAUUAACUGAAAGGCCAGCCUGAAAACCCCAAAUUCACAACAGCAACAAAAUUUCCAAACACUCACACAGACAAUUACUUAAAGUAUUUGAAAACAGAUAACCACAGAUCCCAGCCCCAGGUCCCAUUCCCGAUUCCACAUCCUGAUCCCUGCCCGAACCACCCACCCAAAACAUCCUCCAUACGCUGCAAUAGUACAACUUUUACAACCAAAUGAUAUAUAUCUAAUAUAUAUUGUAUAUAUACAAAAAACCAAUAAUAUACACACACACCACAAGUACCUUAUCCCCGAAACCCCCCGAGAAUGAACCAUACAAUAGCCAUAGCAAUUUGUUGAAAGAAAUAUUAUUUGUUUAAUAAUCAAAAUGUUGUAAUUAAAACAGUUAAUUCCGAUUUAAAUCACAAGUGCCAACAGAUCGAUCAGGCAAACGCAAACGCUGAAGAUGAAUCACCUUUUUAUACAGCAGAGCAGAUAUUUGUAUAAUCAUUUUGUACUCUUUUUUUAUAUGAAUAUAUAGACGUGACUAUUUGUAUGUCGCAAGAACAACAACAAGUAAACUAUUUUAAGCAAUAGUUACCAUACACACACUUUUGUUAAAUCCUUUGGAAAGAAAUAUGUAUUGGAAAAUUCAAGUAAUUUUGGCCACACACACACAUACACACACUCUUUUUUCAAUUAUUUGUAGUUGUAACACUUGAAGAAAUUGCAGGGAUUUUUUCUUAUUUCAUAUGCUCCUACAAUAAACUGAUAAUAAAAUUUGUAAACCCUUAA